GGGGGGUUCGGUCAUAGCGGAACGGGAAAGCUUCUCCUUCCAUCGGCCGUGUGCAGCAAGGAUCCACGCGUGGGAAGGGUCUCACUGCACGUGUCUCUGCGCACCGCAGCCCGCGCGCGCACGCGACCCCCCGUGCCACUCACUGCUCUGCGGACAUGACAAGACCCUCAACUGAUCAUCACUCACUCACACAUCAUCCUUUCCUCUGCGGAGUGUCGCUCUCGGCGGGCACCUUCUCGCGGGAGAUGAUCCGCUCGUCCUCGUAGCGGGAUCCCAGGGCAGAGAGAGCAGCUUGAGCUUCCCGCCAUGCGGACCGGAGGGCUCCUCCGCUGCGUGCUCGCGUGCGCCGCGCUCGCGGCGAUCCUCCCGGGCAGAGCUGCGCGUGCCGCAAGCAGCCCCGCGAACGGCGGCGCGAGGGCGGAAGGCGGGAGCCCCUGGAGAAGACGCGGGAGACAGGAUCCCCUCAGAGGGCCAAACGUGUGCGGAUCACGGUUCCAUUCCUACUGUUGUCCAGGAUGGAAGACUUUUCCCGGGGGCAACCAGUGUAUUGUCCCAAUUUGUCGCAACAACUGUGGGGAUGGAUUUUGUUCACGCCCCAACAUGUGCACAUGCUCCAGCGGCCAGAUAGCUCCCACAUGUGGGACAAAAUCCAGCCCACAGUGCAGCAUCAGGUGUAUGAACGGGGGCUCCUGCACAGAAGACCACUGCCUGUGUCCGAAGGGCUUCACAGGAACCCACUGUGGACAGCCGGUGUGUGAGAGCAGCUGCCAAAAUGGUGGCCGUUGCGUGGGGCCCAACCGAUGUGCCUGUGUGUACGGCUUCACAGGGCCUCUGUGUGAGAGAGACUACAGGACGGGCCCUUGCUUCAUGCAGGUCAGCAAACAGAUGUGCCAGGGGCAGAUGAGCCGCAUUGUGUGCACCAAGGUGCUGUGCUGCGCCACGGUGGGUCGUGCCUGGGGGCACCCCUGUGAGAUGUGCGCCGCUCAACCCCGACCCUGCCGCCGUGGCUUCAUCCCUAACAUCCGCACAGGAGCCUGCCAGGAUGUGGAUGAGUGCCAGGCUGUCCCAGGACUCUGCCAGGAGGGCAAGUGCAUCAACAUGGUGGGCUCCUACGAGUGCCGGUGCUUCCCUGGUCAUCGGCAGAAUGAGGCCACACAGAAGUGCGAGGACGUGGAUGAGUGCACAACGAUUCCACAAGUGUGUGACGGAGGGCGGUGCCUCAACUCACCAGGGAGCUACUCCUGCGAGUGCCCUGCCGGGUUCCUGCAGUCCACAGACAAAAAGCAAUGCAUUGACCAGCGAGUGGGGUCCUGCUACAGGAGCCUGGUGAAUGGGCGCUGUGCUCAGGAGCUGUCGACCCGUGCCAGCAAAGCCCAGUGCUGCUGCAACUUGGGUCGCUGUUGGGCAAGAGGCACACUGCCCGAGAUGUGCCCUUUCCGCGGUUCAGAGGAGUUUAGUAGGCUCUGCAAAGAGGGGAUGCCAAUAGACUCCAUUCCAGAAGGGAAUUCCAGUGUCGUCGGAGGUCGAGUCAGUACUUCCGGAACAAGGAAGUAUGACUCCACCAUUAACGGACGAGGAGUGAACCCCAUUAAUGGGGGUAAUGGACGCGGACCAUCGGAAAAGGAGUAUGCAACUCUGACUCGAAGGGCAAACAUAUGUGAGCAGGUGGCCAACCCAUGUCCAAAUGGUCACUGCAUCCCAGUGCUAUCCAGCUAUCGCUGUGAGUGCUACAUGGGCUUCAUGCAGGACACCCGCGGCGACUGCACUGAUGUGGACGAGUGUGCCUCAAGCCCCUGUGAAAAUGCUGAGUGUGUCAAUACUCCAGGAUCCUACUUUUGCAAGUGUCACCCUGGAUUCCAGCAGAUCCCUUAUAGGCAAGCCUGCGUCGACAUUAACGAGUGCCUACAGAACGGCGCGCGCUGCAGGAAUGGCCGCUGCCUCAAUACAGACGGCAGCUUCCAGUGCAUCUGCAAUGCAGGUUUCCAGCUGGCCCCUGAUGGGAAAAACUGCGUGGACCACGAUGAGUGUGCAACCACCAACAUGUGCCUGAAUGGGAUGUGCAUCAAUGAGGACGGCAGCUUCAAAUGUGUCUGCAAGCCAGGCUUCAUGCUGUCCUACAGCGGUCGCUAUUGCACAGACAUCGACGAGUGCCUGACCCCUGGUAUAUGUAUGAAUGGGCGCUGUAUCAACACAGAGGGCUCUUUCAGGUGUGAGUGUCCAGAGGGCCUGGCUGUUGAAGUCAGUGGGCGCUUCUGCGUCGACACCCACAUUCGCAGCACCUGCUACGGGGCUUUCAAGAAGGGUGUCUGCAUGCACCCCUUCCAAGGUGCUGUGACUAAGUCUGAAUGCUGCUGUGCAAACUUUGAUUACAGCUUCGGGGAGCCCUGCCAGCCAUGUCCCACCAAGAACUCAGCGGAGUUCAAUGUCUUGUGCCAAAGUGGAAUUGGAUUUUCGGUAGAUGGAACAGACAUCAAUGAGUGUGCGCUGGACCCUGACAUCUGCUCCAAUGGGGCCUGCGAAAACCUGCGCGGCACCUACAUGUGCAUCUGCAACACUGGAUAUGAAGCAGACCCCACGGGAAAGAACUGCGUGGACAUUGAUGAAUGUGUGGUUAACCGCCUUCUCUGUGACAACGGCCUGUGCCGGAACAUACCAGGAAGCUACAUCUGCACCUGCCCCAAGGGCUACACCUUCAGGCAUGACUCUGAGACAUGUGAAGAUGUGAACGAGUGUGAGAGCAGUCCUUGUGACAAUGGGGUAUGUAAGAACACUGCUGGCUCCUUCAUCUGCGAGUGCUCCACAGGCAGCAAGCUGGACAGCACAGGCCUUGUCUGCAUUGAUAGCCUGAAGGGUACCUGCUGGCUGAGUGUGCAGGAGGGACGCUGUGAGGUCAACAUCAAUGGAGGCACCUUGAAGUCCGAGUGUUGCGCCACGUUAGGCGCGGCCUGGGGGAGCCCCUGCGAGCAGUGUCUCACUGACCCCGUCUGUUCCAGGGGAUUCGCUCGGCCGAGAGGACUGGUUUGCGAAGAUGUGAAUGAGUGUGAGGUCUUUCCUGGUAUCUGUGCCAACGGUCGCUGUGUAAACAUCAGAGGGUCCUUUAAGUGCCAGUGCCCCGAGGGGCUAACACUGGACAGCACGGGUCGCCUUUGCAUUGACUUGCGCUUGGAGCACUGCUACCUGACAUGGGAUGAGGAUUCAUGUGCCCAACCAGUCCUGGGCAGGUUCCGUAUGGAUGCCUGCUGCUGUACGGUGGGCGCAGCCUGGGGCACAGAUUGUGACGCCUGUCCCCAGCCUGGCACCCGAGAGUAUGAGGCACUGUGCCCCCGCGGGCCUGGCUUUGCCAGCAGAGGGGACAUCCUCACCAGCGGGCCUUUUUACAAGGACAUCAAUGAGUGCAAAGUGUUCCCCAGCAUCUGCACCCAUGGGAAGUGUCGCAAUACCAUUGGAAGUUUCCGGUGUCGCUGUGACAGUGGCUUUGCACUGGACAUGGAGGAGCGCAACUGCACAGACAUUGAUGAGUGCCACAUCUCUCCUGACUUGUGUGGAAGCGGAACCUGCGUGAACACACCUGGGAGCUUUGAGUGCGAGUGUUUUGAGGGCUAUGAGAGCGGCUUCAUGAUGAUGAAGAACUGCAUGGAUAUUGACGAGUGUGAGCGGAACCCAGCGCUUUGUCAUGGGGGCACCUGUGAGAAUACAGAGGGAAGCUACAAGUGCAAUUGCCCCACUGGCCACCAGCUCUCCCAUGAAGAGGAUGCUUGCAUAGAUAUCAACGAGUGUGAGCUGAGCGACAGGCUGUGCCAUCAUGGAAUGUGUAUCAAUGUGAUUGGCAGCUACCAGUGUUCCUGUGACUCUGGUUACCAGGCUACACCAGACCGACAGGGCUGCAUAGAUAUUGAUGAAUGUGCCAUCCAAAACGGGGGCUGCGAUCUCUACUGCACCAACUCAGAAGGCAGCUAUGAGUGUGGAUGCCGUGGUGGCUACACACUGAUGCCAGACCAGAGGAGCUGUACAGAUGUGGAUGAAUGUGAGAGCGAUCCUGACAUAUGCGAUGGUGGACAGUGCACAAACAUCCCUGGAGAGUACCGCUGCCUUUGUUACGAUGGAUUUAUGGCCUCCAUGGAUAUGAAGAGCUGUAUAGAUGUCAAUGAGUGUGACCUUAACACCAAUGUCUGUAUGUUUGGAGAAUGUGAAAACACCAAAGGCUCCUUCAUCUGCCACUGUCAGGUGGGCUACUCGGUAAAGAAGGGCACAACAGGCUGCACAGAUGUGGACGAGUGUGAGAUGGCAGCCCACAACUGCAAUGCUCACGCCACCUGCACCAACACCGUGGGGGGCUUCCGCUGUUCCUGUCAUGAGGGUUGGUUGGGCAACGGGGUCAAUUGUGUAGAUUUGGAUGAGUGCACCAACGGCACUAACCAGUGUAGUUCCAGUGCAAAGUGCCUCAAUGUACCCGGCUCAUACCGCUGCUCAUGCUUCGAGGGCUUCACUGGAGAUGGCUACACCUGCGCAGAUGUGGAUGAGUGUGCGGAGAACAUGAACCUGUGUGAGAAUGGGCAGUGCCUCAAUGUGCCGGGGGGCUACCGGUGCGAUUGUGAGAUUGGCUUCACCCCUACAUUGGACAGCAGAUCCUGCCAAGAUAUCGAUGAGUGCUCCUUUAAAAACAUUUGUGUGUUUGGCACUUGCAAAAACAUCCCAGGAAUGUUCCGUUGUAUCUGUAAGGAUGGAUAUGAGCUGGACAGGUCAGGAGGAAACUGCACAGAUGUGGAUGAGUGCCUGGACCCAAUUAAUUGCGUGAAUGGGGUGUGUGUUAACACUGCUGGCUCCUACGAGUGCAACUGCCCACCAGACUUCGUUCUCAAUCCAACUGGCAUCGGCUGUGUUGACCCCCGUGUGGGAAACUGCUACCUGGAGAACAUGGCAUGCAGUGCAGAGCCCCACCCUUUGGGGUGGGUCAGCCGUUCCUCUUGCUGCUGCUCCCUUGGACGGACUUGGGGAAACCCUUGUGAGCUCUGCCCUGUCGUCAACUCCUCUGAGUACAACACUCUUUGUCCAGGAGGAGAAGGUUUCAGACCAAAUCUUGUCACAGUAAUAUUGGAAGACAUAGAUGAAUGUCUGGAGCUCCCAGGACUAUGUCAAGGAGGAAACUGUGUGAAUACCUUUGGCAGUUUCCAGUGCGAGUGUCCAGGUGGCUAUUACCUGAAUGAAGAGAGUCGUAUCUGUGAGGAUACUGAUGAAUGUGUGGUCAACCCUGAAAUCUGUGGACCGGGACUCUGCUUCAACAUAUUGGGAAACUACACAUGCGUGUGCCCUGCAGAGUACAUAUUGGUCAAUGGAGGAAAUACCUGCAUGGACAUGAGGAAGAGCUUUUGCUACCGGAGCUACAAUGUCACGACAUGCAACAAUGAGCUGGCCUUCAACAUCACCAAGAGGCUUUGCUGCUGUGCCUACAAUGUUGGAAAGGCCUGGAAUAAGCCUUGUGAGGCCUGCCCUGUUCCUGGCACUGAUGGCUAUCGUACACUUUGUGGAAACAUUAUCCCUGGGUUCAAAAUAGAUAUUGAAACAGGGAAAGCAGUGGAUAUCGAUGAAUGUCGGGAGAUUGCUGGAAUAUGUGCCAAUGGAGUCUGCAUCAACCAGAUUGGGAGUUUCCGUUGUGAGUGUCCCACAGGAUUUAGCUACAACGACCUGCUGCUUGUCUGUGAAGACAUUGACGAGUGCAGCAGCGGGGACAGCGUAUGCCAGCAAAACGCGGAUUGCAUCAACAGUCCCGGAAGCUACCGCUGCGAGUGCUCAGAUGGCUUCAAUGUUUCACCUAUUGGAGCCUGCAUAGAUCGUAAUGAGUGUUUGGAGAUCCCCAAUGUGUGCAGCCAUGGAGAGUGUGUGGACUUGCAAGGAAGCUAUCGGUGCAUCUGCAAUCGUGGCUUCAAGGCUACUCCCAAUCAGAAGAUGUGUACAGACAUUGAUGAGUGCAUACCGCAGCCUUGUGGAAAUGGCACGUGCAAGAAUACAGUAGGCUCAUACAACUGUCUCUGUCAUCCUGGGUUCGAGAUCACUCACAACAACGAUUGCGUGGACAUUGAUGAGUGCAGGACACCUUAUGGUAAGAUAUGCAGAAAUGGUCAGUGCAUAAACAGCAUUGGGUCUUUCCACUGCCUAUGUGCCGAAGGAUAUGAACCCACCCUUGAUGAAAAGAAUUGCAUUGACAUGAAUGAGUGUGUGUUAUUUCCUGAUUUCUGUGCUCCGGGAACUUGCCAGAACUUGGACGGGUCCUUCCGUUGCCUCUGUCCGCAAGGGUACAUCAUACAAGAUGACGUUAACUGUGUAGAUGUUGAUGAGUGUGCUCAGCCUAACACAUGCCUUCUUGGCACCUGCUUCAACUAUCCUGGCAGUUUCAAGUGUUCCUGCAGUCGUGGCUUUGUGCUGUCAGAAAACAGACGCAGGUGUAUCGACACCCGUGAGAGUUUCUGCUUCACUAAAUUUGUCAAUGGGAAGUGUUCUGUACCACACGCCUUCAACACCACCAAGGCCAAGUGCUGCUGCAGCACUAUGCCCAAGGAAGGCUGGGGAGACCCAUGCGAGCUCUGUCCCAAGGAGCAAGAUGCUGCAUUCCAGGAACUUUGUCCGUUUGGCCAUGGUAUAAUUCCAGGGAUUGGUGACACACCAAUAGAUGUGAACGAAUGUGCCGAGAACCCAGGCAUCUGUUACAAUGGACACUGUGUCAACAUGGAUGGAUCCUUCCGCUGCGAGUGUGCAGUGGGAUACACACUCAACCUCACUGGAGUGCACUGUAUUGACAUUGACGAGUGUUCAGCUGGAAACCCCUGUGGCAAUGGGACCUGUACAAAUGUGAUCGGAGGCUUUGAGUGCACUUGUGAGGAGGGGUUCGAGCCAGGGCCCAUGAUGACCUGUGAGGAUAUUAAUGAGUGUGGGCAGAAUCCCUUGCUCUGCGCAUUCCGCUGCAUAAACACCUUUGGUGGCUAUGAGUGCACCUGCCCGCCUGGCUACACCCUGAGGGAGGACAGGAGGAUGUGUCAAGACCUGGACGAAUGUGCAGAGGGACUCCAUGACUGUGAGUCCAGGGGAAUGACCUGCAAGAACAUGAUUGGCACCUUCAUAUGUAUGUGUCCUGUGGGAAUGGUGAGGAGAGCUGAUGAUGAAGUCUGUCACGAUGAGAACGAGUGCCGUACUAAACCGGGGAUCUGUGAGAACGGCCGUUGCGUGAACACCAUUGGCAGCUACAUCUGUGAAUGUAACGAAGGCUUUCAAAUGGAUUCCAGCCACACCAAUUGCCUCGAUUACAGAGUGGGCUUCUGCUUCGCCGAGGUUCUCCAGACCAUGUGCCAGAUGACGUCCAGCAGCAAAACCCUGUCCACCAAAUCAGAGUGCUGCUGCAAUGGGGGGCGAGGCUGGGGCAACCAGUGUGAGCUCUGUCCCCUACACGGGACAGCCCGCUACAAGAAGCUCUGUCCCAGUGGGCCAGGCUACACCACCGAUGGCAAAGACAUAGACGAGUGCAAGGUCAUGUACAACCUGUGCAAACACGGCCAGUGUGUCAAUACUAUAGGCUCCUUCAAGUGUCAGUGCAAGCCAGGAUACACUGUGGACAUCACAGGGAGCGCCUGCGUGGACACGGACGAGUGCAGCAUGUCCCCCAAGCCAUGUAACUUCAUUUGCAAGAAUACGGGGGGCAGUUAUUCGUGCUCCUGUCCCCGUGGAUACGUGCUAAAUGAGGAUGGCAGAACUUGUAAAGAUCUGGACGAGUGCCAGAUGAAACGGCACAACUGCCAGUUCCUGUGCAUCAACACCAUUGGUGGCUUCACGUGCAAGUGUCCCCCAGGCUUCACACAGCAUCACACCGCCUGCAUCGACAACAAUGAAUGCGCGGCAGAGUCCUCUUUGUGCGGCACCAAGGGCAUCUGCCAGAACUCACCAGGCAGCUUCAGCUGCAUGUGCCAAAGGGGCUACAUCCUGGACUCCAGCGGUCUACACUGUAACGACAUGGAUGAAUGUAAGGGCAACCACCGGUGCCAGCACGGCUGUGAGAACUUGCUGGGAAGCUACCGCUGCAGCUGCCCUAAAGGAUACACACAGCACUACCAGUGGAACCAGUGUGUGGAUGAGAACGAGUGCUCAAACCCGGGCAGCUGUGGGACGGCCUCCUGUUACAACACGCUGGGCAGCUUCAAGUGUGCUUGUCCCUCUGGCUACGUGUUUGACCAGCUCAGCAGCAGCUGCGAGGACAUCAAUGAGUGCACCUCCUUCCGCAACCCCUGCAACUAUGGCUGCUCCAACACAGAGGGCGGGUACCUGUGUGGCUGCCCCCCUGGCUACUACAGGGUGGGCCAAGGCCACUGUGUGUCCAGUCUGGGAUACAGUAAAGGUCCCUUCAUUGCACUCGGGGCAGGGGAAGAGGAAGUGGACAACAUUCUCUCUCCAGAAACCUGCUAUGACUGCAAGGCCAACAGCUACUCUAAAAAGAAGAUUCGAAAGACACGCCAUGUCAACAGAACUCAACCUCUGCAGCCGGAGGGGCUGGUCAGCCUGGCCAGCCUGGAUAUGGAGCUGCCGCUGACCCUGGUGCUUAACAUCUCUCAACUCAACCCCAAGAAGCACAUCCUGGAGUUGGUUCCAGCCCUCAAGCCCCUCGCCGGCCACGUGCACUACAUCAUAACUGCCGGCAACAAGGACAGAGCUUUCCGCAUCCAGCAGCGGGACGGUGUGAGCUACCUGCACAGCACGCAGCACAGGGUCUCGGCCGGGGCCUACGAGCUGCAGAUUGCCAGCAUGAUGCUGUACGGUGACUCCCAGCUACGAGAGCUGAAGAACCACAAGGACAAGGACUACCUCUUCAGGGAGCUGGGCGAGAACCUGCGCAUGCGGCUGCGCAUCCGACUACAGUAGCCGCCGCCACCGUGUCCUUGAGGCCAGUGGACAAAUAGUGCGGCCUCCCUUGUGUUUUUCAUCAUUUCCAUGGACACACAAACACACAGUAUCAGGAAGACAUGUCAACUGUGACUGUGACCUCAAAAUAUAACGCUCAGCCUAGUCCUACCACCAGAGGACUUCCUAGAACCCAGGAUGCUGAUGAAGCUGACGUGAUAUAUCACAGCUUUACAAAAGUGUGGCUUCUGACCAGGAAGCAGCUACUUUCUGGUGGAGGUCACUUAACUUGUGCUGAGGUGCAGCUGGACAAAAUAGAACUUGAAAAAACAAAAAUGCAAAACUGUUUUAUACACAAAAUAAAAUACUUUUUUAAACUUGGACAUUUUAGUCUUUCAGGUAUGGAUUGUGUGAAGGCCACCAUUUAGGAGCUGUAUCUGAUAAGGACAUUUCCAUAAGCACAAGUGGCAUUUUUACAAAUACAUUGUAGCUGUGAACUGAUACCUUUUGGAGAAGAGCAGAAAACAUUCAUCAUUCGCAACUCUGCUCAUAUAGAUGCCACUGCUUUGUGUCAUGGUGCUAAAAAGGAAUGCUGAUAUACAGCAUAUUGUUUCUCUGACACCAAAUGUGAAAUAUGAGCAUUAUUUACAUGAAAGGGGCACAACUUGGGAGGUGAAAGGGCUCCUAAAAAAAUCUGUUUACCAGUUAACUUUACCAAAGUGAGAUUUUCCAGAAGGAUUUUUUAAAACAUCACUUAAUCCUUUGUUUUACUGAAGUCAUCCAAACUUAUUUAAAGUGACAAUCGGGUACAUAUUAAUACUAAAGGAUGUAAGACUCCAUAUGGAGGAAAAAAAAAGUUUAACUC